AUGUUUCAACACAGUAACUGCCGUCUUUUUUGUUUCUAUUAUUUACUAGUCGGAGUUGAAUUAGUUUUCAGUUUCAAUGAUUUUCCAUCUUUAGUGAAUGCCAACGCGUCAAUGGCCGUAGUCAUUGAAAAAUCAUUCUACGAAAGAAAAAUCCUGAUCAAAGAAAUAUUUAUUCAUUCAAAAGACGCUUACGAGAAAAGUGUAGCGUCAUUCACAAAUGUAGUGGACAAAAUUGCUCGUGAGAAAAUGAACAUAAGUGGACUAUCGAUUCAUGUUUUCCAAGAUAUUCAAACUAAUUUGGCAAGGGAUUACAUGAUUUUGUUGUCAGUGUCAACGUGUCAGACAGCAUGGAAUUUAUUCAAGCGAGCGAAAAUCGAAAAAUUAGUUCAUUUGGCGAUUACUGAUAUUAAUUGCCCAAGACUUCCAGCAAAAGAAGGAAUGAGCAUACCUCUCGUAGAUCCCGGCGAAGAGCUACCUCAAAUAUUCUAUGAUCUUCGGGUGUCUGGAGCUUUUCACUGGAGCAAGGCCACAUUUCUUCAUGAUGAUUCAAUUGAACGAGAAACGAUUGGUAAAAUCAUUCAAGCAUUCGAUGAUGAAUUGCCAAUUUUAGCAAGAGGAUUAUCAACAAAUUCUUUAUUUUUUUUUGAACGUGGUAAAUCCGAUACUGUUACAAAUCAAAAUAUCCAAAACAUAUUAGUAAAGUUUUCAACAGGUAUGUUUCUUAGUAAUCAGUUUAUUGUCAUCGUUGCACAUGAUACGUUAUCACAUGUUUUGCAAACUGCGAGAUCACUAAAAAUGCUCAACCCAAGCACCCAGUGGCUAUUCAUCGUGCCGAAUAUGGUAGAAUUUCCAUAUGGAAGUAGAAGAUUCCCGAUAGAGUUGUUAGGAGAAGGUGAAAAUAUUGCUAUUCUUUACAAUGAGACCUAUAAAAAUUAUCAGAAUGAUAUAAAAUAUAAUGAAAAUAUUUCGGAAAUGAUGGGUUCAUUAGCAAUUGCUAUAGAAAAAGUAUCUUCAAUUGAAACCCAUUUGUACGGUCAAGUUACCGAAGAACAAUUUGAAGCAACUGGAUUUUCAAAACUCGACAGAAGUCAAAUUUUAUUGGAGUAUCUCUCCGAUCAGUUUUAUAAUAAAACUCAAGAUUCUUCGGGCAGCAGCUGCAAAGUAGAUUGUGAUAUGAAUUGGAUUCUCCAGUCAGGAUUGACCUGGGGCAAUACAAUUGGUUCUAGCAUAGACACUCAACCACACAAACUCAUUGUGACUGGAAUAUGGACACCAGAUCGAGGUUUCGUAUCUAUGGAUCACAUGUUUCCUCACAUUUAUUAUGGAUUUCGAAGAAAAUCACUUCCAAUUGCAACCUACAAUUUGAGUCCCAAUUUAAAAGAAAAAAAUGUCAACGAUCUGAGAGGUAAAUGGGAUGGCUUAAUCUUUGAUGUUAUCAAUGAACUGUCAAAUAAAUUAAAUUUUACUUUCAAAACUGUUUCUGGCGGAAAUGAGCCUCAGAUGAUUUCAACGAAAAACGAUUCCUUGCUGAAAUGUUCAAUGUCAGCUGCCGAAAAAGUUCCAAGUGAUGUCAUUGAGUUAGUUCGAACAAAAUCAGUAUUUAUUGGAGCAUGCGCUAUCACAAGUGUAUUAUAUGAAAAAGAAAAGAAUGUCAACUUUACUAACGCAAUUUCAACUCAAACUUAUGGGCUACUUACUGGUAUACCACAACCACAGUCUAGAGCAUUGCUAUUCACUUCCCCGUACUCAACUCAGGCUUGGAUAUGCAUCGUAAUAUCAAUAAUUGUAGUAGGACCUGUUUUGUGGGCCGUACAUUUUUACAGCCCUCGUCGCCUCAGAAGUGUUGACGAUGAGAACUCCAAAAAUCCUGGUUCUGCUUCUGAUUACAUGUGGUAUAUUUAUGGAGCUCUGCUGCAACAAGGAGGAAUGCAUUUACCGAAAUCUAAUGGAGCUCGCCUUGUAGUAGCUACUUGGUGGCUGGUGGUAAUGGUCGUGGUCGCUACAUAUUCUGGAAGUUUAGUUGCUUUUUUGACAUUUCCGAAAAUGGAACCAGUUGUUAAAACUAUUGAUGAUCUUCUUGAGCGUCGAGAAGAGCUCACAUGGAGCAUUCCCAAGGAUAGUUUACUUGAUGACUAUAUUAAAAACAGCAAUCAAGUCAAUGGUAUUGACUAUAAAAACCUUCUCCCCGAAUAUGAUGCUCAUGGUCAAAAACAUGAUACAGUUAGUUACUUAUUAAGCAUUAAUAAAAUCAAGAAAGGCAAGCAUGUCGUCAUUGAUUGGUUGAGUUCUUUACGAAUAUCAAUAAAAAACAAUUAUCGAUCAUCUGGACAUUGUGAUUUUUCACUUGGAACUGAUGUUCUACUUCUUCAAGAACCAAUAUUCAUGCUUGUUCCAGCAGGAAGCCCUUAUCUUGACAUCAUAAAUAUUCAGUUGCAAAGAAUGCUGGAGGCUGGUCUCACAAACAAAUGGAUUAAUGAUAGAAUGCCAACUAAAGAUCAGUGUUGGUUGAACGCAAAAAAUAGUAAUUCUGCUGCUGCGAAUCGAAAAGUCAAUCUUCAAGAUAUGCAAGGAAUUUUUUUCGUUUUAUUUUUUGGAUAUAUUACAGCAGUUUUGUUUCUCUGUUUUGAACAUUAUAUAUAUAGCAGAAAAAUUGCUAAAGAACGACUUCUAAUCCUUCCUUUUGUUCUGUGA